CGCGCCCGCCCGCCGCUCCCGGCCGCGCGUGCCCGCGCGCUGCCCGGCUCCGCCGCUGAGAGGAGAGGGGCGGGGCGGGGCGGGGUGGGGCGAGCGGGCGCCUCAGGCGGCGGCGGCGGCGGCGGCGGCGCCUAGGCCCGGUGCGGGCGUCUCCCCCACCCCACCCCGCCCAGGCCCGCCGAACGGGCCAGGAUGAGCGGUGAGGACGGGAACGAGGAGUUCUACCGGCAGCUGCAGCUCCAGCAGCAGUACGAGGCCGAGCCCGGCGGUGAGGGCGAGGCCGACCCCUUCACCUACGUGGACCCGGCCGAUGGGGCCGCCUACGAGUGGGACCGGGAGAAGAAGGCCUGGUUCCCCAAGAUAACAGAAGAUUUCCUGGCAACGUAUCAUGCCAACUAUGGCUUCCAUGCAGAUGAUACAGACAGUUCAUCUGCUUCUGGCACAGCAACUGAAAGUAAGCAACCAGUAAGUUCUAAGACAUCAGGAACACAACCAUCAGCAAAUGAGAAAGGACCACAACAAACAGAUCCAAAACAAAAAGCUGAGAAACGGAAGCUUGAGCCAGGAUGGUUUCAUGUUGAAGAAGACAGAAACACAAAUGUUUAUGUGACUGGUUUACCUCCAGACAUUACAAAAGAUGAAUUUAUACAAGUCAUGUCAAAAUGUGGUAUCAUUAUGCGAGAUCCUCAGACAGAAGAACACAAAAUCAAACUGUAUAAAGAUAAGGAAGGAAAUCUUAAAGGAGAUGGCCUCUGUUGCUAUCUAAAGAGAGAAUCAGUUCAACUUGCAUUGAGACUUCUGGAUGAGGCAGAAAUUAGAGGCUAUAAAUUGCAUGUUGAAGUUGCAAAGUUUCAACUGAAGGGGGAGUAUGAUGCAAGCAAGAAGAAGAAGAAAUGUAAAGACUACAAGAAGAAGUUGUCUCAACAGCAGAAACAGCUGGAUUGGAGGCCUGAGAAGAAAGAUGGCGCAACUCGAAUGCGACAUGAGCGCAUCGUUAUUAUCAGGAAUAUGUUUCACCCAAAGGACUUUGAGGAGGACCCCUUAGUGCUAAAUGAGAUCAGAGAAGAUCUGCGGACAGAGUGUGAAAAGUUUGGUCAAGUAAAGAAGGUUCUCAUAUUUGAUCGACACCCCGAUGGCGUGGCUUCUGUGUCAUUUAAAGAAGCAACAGAAGCUGAUCUGUGCAAGCUAACUCUAAAUGGAAGGUGGUUUGGUGGCCGUCAGCUCAGUGCUGAAACAUGGGAUGGUGUAACGGAUUAUCAGGUGGAGGAGACUGCAAGAGAAAGGGAAGAAAGGCUUAAAGUGUGGGGAUCAUUUUUAGAGGAUCCUGAUGCAAAGGAGCAGCAAACUACAUCCGAUUCAGAUUCUGCAACAAGUAGUGUUAAACUGCCUGAAGGCAGACAGCCUUCAAAAGUUAAUGACACAUCUAAGGAGGAUGUAAAUGAUGAAGCCCAUAAGAGGGAGAAUAAUGGUGAGGGCAUUAAUGAAGACGGUGCUCCAUCUACAGACAGCAGCCUUGCAGGCAGUGAUGUUGAAGCAGAUACAUAACAUCUUUAAUGCUUUAUGGAAGCAUGGUUUUUAGGGUGAUGUUUGAGUUUAUCCCUUUCUUCAGGGUGACUGCAGACAAUAUUCAUAUGAAUAUAUGCAUAUUAGAAUGUCAUCAACUGUGUGCUUUAAAGUUUUCAUUAAUAGCAGUAUUUAAUGAGGUUCUAAAAGUUUGUAUUAAUUGGCUGUUCAGGUAAAGUAACUCAAGUUGCCAAGAAUGCAGUAAAACUCAUCAGGCUUCUUUUGUUCUAACUAUGCUUGUCAGUGUUUCACUAUGUAAGUGUGAAAUAUGUUCCAACCCUUAUGUUUAUGUAACUAUAUGUAACUUAAGUAAUGCAAAGCUAUUACAAGAUUGGUGGAUUUUACUGUUAAUUUUCCUGUACCCCUUGGAACUCAGUAUCCUUAAAAAUUAUUCUUGUCCUGAGUACUUGGCUCGUUUUAUGGAACAGAUGCUGUGAUAUGUAUAAGGUGUUGCUAUACAUUAAGUAGCGAAUGUUAAGAGUAGUACCAAGUGGCAAACUUUAAGGAAGAGGAAAACAAAUAACAUUGCCAUAGUCAACAUAAGGCAAACUGAGUGAAGACAGAUUAUUAAAUCACAGCAUUCAGUAAAUUAUUUUUUUCUUCCCCUGUUUAGAACUUCUUUUUGAUGCUUAGAUCUUCUGUUGAGGCUGGAAUUAUGUCAAGGAGACUAGAAAUGCAUGAGCACACACAUUCUAGGCCAUAAUUAGAUAAGACUGAUCUUAAACUCUCAUGGUCUGUAUGCAGUAGGUAUGCAAAAUAGGCUUUUGACUGAUGUGUUGGCUUUGUUUAGUUUUUGCUUUAAUAUUAGAGUAAAGGUUUUUGUUUAACUUUGUUAGAAUGAUGAAUGUGAGUUCUUGUCAACAUUUUAGUUUAGCCCUAUGUGCUCUUCAAAGUGGGGAGGAUCUCACAUUUCAUAAAAUUUAAAGGCGUUUGGCAACUUGAACUACAUUUGUUGUGCAAAAGUUAGAAUACGUGAAAAUACGCUUUCAAAUAAUACUCUUUUGUAUGAAAAAAGCAAUGCUAGCCCUCUUAGAAGUAUUUCCAAAAGCAAGGAUUUAGAAGACAUUCUAGCUUUAGAUAUCUUUAUAAGUGGCAGGCUUUCAAAAAUAACUUUGGGGGAGAUGUUCUGGGCAUAGUCAUUCUUAAUUUAGAAUCCCAUUAUUUUGAUACCUAAGGAUAGAAGAAUAUGGGUUUAGUCACUAAACAAUUAAAAUAUUGGUGCUAAAUUCAUAGCACACUGUUCAUACGGAUGGUUACUAGUGCACGUUUGUAAGGAGGAUUUUUUGAAUUUUUUUAAUUCAUAUUGGAUUGCAAGAAACCACAGAUGCUAAUUCUUAUAUUUCCAUCCUGAAGUAUUCAGAAUACUCUGAAAAUUGGUAUUUUCAAACUUUGUGCUCUGAGAUUACCAUCUAUAUUUUUUCCAGAAGCCUUUAUGGUACUCGUAAGUUUGUUUGGUGUUUUGUUUUGGUUUGGUUUUUUUUAAUAUGUAAUCAAUAUGUAUGGGUGGCUAUGCCAACCAGAGCAUCUAAGUUAACACUUGCCACUGUGGUUAUAAAUGAUAUCUUUUUGUGACAAAAUAUCUGGUCUUACAACAGAGAUGAUAUUUGAAGUCUGGGGGCUCAUUAUAAGCUGGCAUAACAAAUUUCCAAUUUUGAGUUGCAUUACAAAGAAGAGCUGUAACUCUUGCCAGCUAAGAUAAUUUUCUCAUCUUCACAAGUUUUUGAAUUGUACACUUCAGCAAAACAGGUGUUUGAACAAUUCAGGGAAUCUGAAAUACUGCCUGGUUUGUAGCUGCACGUAGUGGCAUAUUCAGAUUACAUCUCUGGGUUGUGUUGUUUCUGCCUAGUUAUUUUUAUUGGUAAUAAGCACCACAAACCUUUGAGGGCUGGAAGAUUUUGCAUAUGAAGAGUGUAAUUUAGUGUGGUGGUAUUGCUUUCAGUGCUCCUUUUUUUUUUUCUUCCAGCUUCUAGACUCCAGGCUUUAGAUCUGUUAGACUAUUGUGUUUUGUUAGCUUUUAUUUUUUGAGAGCCUAGUCAUAUAACACUCUACACAGUUAAAUCACCUGUUUUACUGUGGAAUUGCAACUGAUAUAGGGAAACUAUUGACAAAUGUAUAAAUAUUGUACAGUUCUAUGAAGCCUUAUCAUGGUAUCAAAUAUAAAAAAUUAAGGUUAGUGUUAGUGUUUGAAAAAAAGACUUUGAAAAAUAAAGAAUCAUUAUAUGUGCAGUAACCUUCCUCUCUCCAAUUGAUGUACAAAUUUGAUUGGCUUGCUUCAAAAGUCAAACAUGAUGUUAGUCUUUUCACCUUUUCCUCUAGACUUCAUGCUGAAGCAGAGCACCGACAAAGACUGAGACCAAAUGCUUUCCUGGCUUUCCUAUUAACUAGGAUUCUUACAAAAAUAAAAGCUGUUUUUCCAUGAAAAUAUGUUGUUCUGAAGUGCGGCAUUACACUCAAACUGGUAUUUUCCUUUUGUCUACCUCUGUUAUUCCCCAGUAAAAUGUAAAAAUAUAUUUUUAUAAACUAUUCAUUGAGUUAUUGAGGCAUUUAAUAGUCUAUGGAGAGGUUAAUGCAGCUGUGACUUUCUUUUCAGCAGAUUUUAAUUGAGACCGAAUUCUUUUGAUGUUUUCCUUUUUUAAAUGAUGCAAAUUUUUAUAAAUUAAUCUGAACAUAAAUUAAAUUUUUUCACGAAAGUUAAAAUUCCUAUUUUGAAGUAUGAUUAUGAAAAUCUUAUAGUAUAGAGCAGUAAUGUUUAAUACCAAAUUUUAACAAACCUGAAGCUGAACAAGCAGAGUUGCUUUUUAAACUUACAUUUUUUUCUGACUGAGCAUCAUCAUAAGUAAAUUGGUAAGAAGUUAAGACCCCAAUGCAAUUUUUGCUAUAUUUGUUCUUUUAAUUAAAAGUGCUUUUUCUUAGGUUCCAUUCCAGUGUUCCAGUAUACUGCAUGUUCCUUCAUCCUUAGGCUUUUGGUGAGAGGUUCAUUUUAACAAAAGCAGGCUCCUUCCCUCUGUAUGUUACGAAAACAAUAACUGGCAGCAGGUUGAAACACUUUGUGGAUAAUCAUUGUUGCUCAGUUUUGAACUAGAAAAAUAUCUGUUUCUACUAAUUCUCUCACUGUGACAAAAUGGAUGUGAAAACACUUAAAUGUAACAGCAGGGAAACAGUAUUAACUAACUGGUACUUCAGCAUAAUUCGGCAUAGAUAAUCACUUUCUUAACCACGCAAUACAAAAUCAGUUGCUUAGCUUCAAGAUAUGUUGGUAGUUUGCUUUACAAUCAAAUGCUAUUUAUGGUUUGCUGGCAAGGUAAUUGUACAGAAUUACAAGUAUUCAUCAGAGAUUACAUGGUUUGAGGAGCAUGGCCAAGGUAGACAUCUGGAAACAAAAAGCCCCAAAAGAAAAGGCACGUAAGUUGUAGCAGGUUCUCGAACGUUCAUAUACAGCUGUAAAGAGAGAAUUAGUUUCAUUUUGCAUCAAAAUGUUUAUCUGUUUCUCCUGCUGACUUUUUUUAAUUACUUUUUUUAAUUGAAUUUCAGUCGCUCGUACAACUUACAUUUUGUAUAAGGAUUGCAAUUCACUUAAAAUCAUUAGUAUGUUAAAUGCAGUGCAUUUUAGCUAAAACAUGUCCUAGACAUUUUUCAGUUAGGGUUAAUCUAUUUACAAUUACAAAUACUUAGCUUAAUUCACUUAAGAAAACUUAAAGGUAUUGGAUGCUUCAUAGAAACCCAAACUUGCCUUUAGAUUUUCCAGUAAAAUCAAUAUCCAUACCCUGACUUCUUGAACUGAUAACCUAAUCAAAUUCUUAAAAAAACCAAAACAAACCAUACCUCUAGACUUUAAUUGGAUUUUAAAUUCUUAUUUUUAUUUCUGAAUUUGAGGAAACAUACUGCAGUAUGAUAAAUGAAUUAUGUAAGUUGUGUACUUGUGUUGAUUUGACUUGUGUGUAUUUUAGUGCUCAUUAUACAAGGCUUGAAGUCUUACUGUCAGGAUACUCUGAAAGUUCUGUAAAAUGUUUAUAGAAUUAUGAAAUCUUUUGCAGCAAAUUGGUUUUUGCUCAUUCUGUAAUAUGAAAGUAUAUUGUUAGAUUAAACUUUUCAGUAAGUUGA